GCUGCCUGAAACGCGGUCUGAGCCUUCAGCAGACCCGCGGCAGCUUCGCCCUCGUGUUUGACUGCUUGCUGUUCCCCGUCGGCCACGGUCACCCAGGAGACCGGCCAAAUUGUACAUCGACCUGAAGGUGGUUUCAUGGCAGCCACGAAGAAAGCAGUUUUGGGGCCGUUGGUGGGGGCAGUGGACCAGGGUACCAGCUCGACACGUUUUUUGGUUUUUAAUUCAAAAACAGCUGAACUUCUAAGUCAUCAUCAAGUGGAAAUAAAACAGGAAUUCCCAAGAGAAGGAUGGGUAGAACAAGACCCAAAGGAAAUUCUUCAAUCUGUCUAUGAGUGUAUAGAGAAAACAUGCGAGAAACUUGGACAGCUCAAUAUCGAUAUUUCCAACAUAAAAGCUAUUGGUGUUAGCAACCAGAGGGAAACCACCGUGGUCUGGGACAAGUUAACUGGAGAGCCUCUCUACAAUGCUGUGGCUGCUCCAGUUUCUCCUGGCUCUUCAGUUCCAGUUGCCGUUGUUCCCUCUGGCUCUUCAGUUCCAGCUGCUGGUACUUCCUCAGUGUGGCUUGAUCUAAGAACCCAGUCUACUGUUGAGAAUCUUAGUAAAAGAAUUCCAGGAAAUAAUAACUUUGUCAAGUCCAAGACAGGACUUCCACUCAGCACUUACUUCAGUGCAGUGAAACUUCGUUGGCUCCUUGACAAUGUGAAAAAUGUUCAAAAGGCUGUUGAAGAAAAUAGAGCUCUUUUUGGGACCAUUGAUUCAUGGCUUAUUUGGAGUCUGACAGGAGGAGUCAAUGGAGGCGUCCACUGUACUGAUGUAACGAAUGCAAGUAGGACAAUGCUUUUCAACAUCCAUUCUUUGGAAUGGGAUAAAGAGCUUUGCGAAUUUUUUGGAAUUCCAAUGGAAAUUCUUCCCAAUGUCCGGAGUUCUUCUGAGAUCUAUGGCUUAAUGAAAAUCUCUCAUAGCCUGAAAGCUGGGGCCUUGGAAGGUGUGCCAAUAUCUGGGUGUUUGGGAGACCAAUCUGCUGCUUUGGUAGGACAAAUGUGCUUCCAGGAUGGGCAGGCCAAAAACACGUAUGGAACAGGAUGUUUCUUGUUAUGUAACACAGGCCAUAAGUGUGUAUUUUCUGAGCACGGCCUUCUGACCACUGUGGCUUACAAACUUGGCAGGGACAAACCAGUUUAUUAUGCACUGGAAGGUUCUGUAGCUAUCGCUGGUGCUGUUAUUCGCUGGUUAAGAGACAAUCUUGGAAUCAUUAAGAGCUCAGAGGAAAUUGAAAAACUUGCUAAAGAAGUUGGUACUUCUUAUGGCUGCUACUUUGUCCCAGCAUUUUCAGGAUUAUAUGCACCUUACUGGGAACCCAGUGCAAGAGGGAUAAUCUGUGGACUCACCCAGUUCACCAAUAAAUGUCACAUUGCUUUUGCUGCCUUAGAAGCUGUUUGUUUUCAAACCCGAGAGAUUUUGGAUGCCAUGAAUCGUGACUGUGGAAUUCCACUGAGUCAUCUGCAGGUAGACGGAGGCAUGACCAGCAACAAAAUUCUUAUGCAGCUACAGGCAGAUAUUCUGUAUAUUCCAGUAGUGAAGCCCUCUAUGCCUGAAACAACUGCUCUGGGAGCCGCCAUGGCAGCCGGGGCUGCAGAAGGAGUUGGCGUUUGGAGUCUCGAACCUGAGGAUUUGUCAGCUGUCACGAUGGAGCGGUUUGAACCACAGAUCAAUGCGGAGGAAAGUGAAAUUCGUUACUCUACAUGGAAGAAAGCUGUGAUGAAGUCAAUCGGCUGGGUUACAACUCAAUCACCAGAAAGUGGUGACCCUAGUAUCUUCUGUAGUCUACCCCUGGGCUUUUUUAUAGUGAGUAGCAUGGUAAUGUUAAUCGGAGCAAGGUACAUCUCAGGUAUCCCAUAAAUAAGGCCAUCUCCUGUAUUCCCAAGAUGGAAGCUUUUUACCUAAUGAGAGAACCCAACAAUUCUGUCUCUUGAUAUGAUGACACUAUUUACAGACUCUGAUUUUAUUUAUAAGCCACUUGCUGCAUGAUUCUCCAAGUAGACCUGUGGCUUGAAAUAAAAUGCAGCAGAACAAAUGCCACAGAAACAUUCAGUGUGUUUUUUAACAUUGACAACGAAGUUGGACCAGCCAUCUUUGCGGCUGACUCCUCCAUGGUAAUAAUGUCCUAUUCUACUCCCUGUAAGAUCAAGGAAGAAUUCAUAUCCUGUCCAUUGGAAUCUUUCGUCAAACGUGUUCAGAUGCUAAGGGACGAGGAUUUGAUUCUCUGCACUACACAUGCCUGAUGAAGGGAUUGUUACUAAUCUGCUAGUGAUGAGUUGCUAUUUAUUUGUUUUUAACAGACUCCCGCCCAAAGGCUCUUUUACAUAUUAGAAGAUCAGAACAUCCUCACUAAAUGUUUAGUUGGAAACUUCAAUCAAUUAUUAAGAUGAGAAUUUAGGUCAGGGGCUCUGGUUGCUCACAUCUGUAAUCCCAACAACUCAGGAGUUUGAAAUCUGAGGAUCAAGGUUGGAAAUCAGUGGUCGCUGACAAAUCCAAAAUCAGUGACACUCUUAUCUCCAAUUAACCAGAAAAAAGCUGGGAGUGGAAGUGUGGCUUAAAGAGGCCAGAGCACCAGUCUUGGGUGAAAAAGCCAGGUGAGAAUGAAAGGUCCUUCAUUCAGGCCCUGGUAGCUACGUAAACACACAAAGAUGAUUAGUUAUUAGUCUCAUAGCGUGGAUAUUUUUCUGGAAAAUUGUUUGCCAAAAGUGAAAUUAAUCCUUUAGACAUUUUACAUUGCGCCACUAAUUAUCAUGACUUUCUGUCUGGAUCUUCUAGGGAAGCACAUUUCUUUAUUCUUUUCCAUUUCUCCUUUUUAUAUUUUUACUUGGUAUGUAUAACAUACACAAUUAUAUAUUUUAUAUACUGAGAGUAGCCCAUUUAUAAAUCAAGAGCACAUUGUAUUCAGUAGGUUUUAACAGGGCUGGUCUAAAGUGGACUACUAUGUAUAUAAAUAUUUGGGAGAAAACAGAUGUAUACAUUUUGGGGCAACGGUUGUGCAUAUUAUUAACCAGGAUAAAUUUUUGUUACAAAGCUAACAUUUAAAAUUUACGUAUCUGUUCUAUGUCAAUAAAAGCAAAUGUACAUUAUACUUUUGCUUUUUAUUAAAUUGUCUUAGCUGGUAAUAUGCUUAGGAAGAAAAAUAACUAUGGAAGACUAUAGUCAAUAUUCAAACAUGAGUACUAGUCUAAAUAUAACUUUUCCUUUGAAUUUUUUUCCCUAUUUAAGAUUCCGUAUUUGAGAUAAUUUUGAUGGACUUGGGAAUGUCAAAGUUUAAAAGCUAAGUAGAAAAAAUUAGAAAUAAAGCCAUGAUUAUCUUUCAAGCUAGAUAUUAUUGUUAACAAAUGGUAUUUUUAUCUGAUGCUAAUGUCAUAUUAAAA